AAUCCAAAAAAAAGAGAGGCCUCCGGGUGAAAUGCUCGGCAGCAGCCAGUCCCAGUUCAGCCUGUCUGCAACGCAGAAAGACCCUUAAACCCCAAAAAUCUCAAUAUCCUAAAAGAAGUUUAAACCGUAAAAAUGAGAGGUGGAACCGCCAUUGGAAUAGGAAGGAAGCUCACGAACCCAUCAAGCCUCUCCAUUUCCAAACAAACCCUAAUCCCCUUCUCCACUUCCUCCAACAGUGGCGGUGGCCGAGGUCGCGGUCGCGGCGGUCCAUUUCCCCCCACUCCCGCUCGAUUCGACUUCACUCCCCCACCUCGCGUCCCUGGUCAACCAGACUCCGACGACCCCAAACCUGAACCACCCCCGUCGGCGCCGGGACUCGGCCAUGGCCGCGGCAAACCCUUGCCUACCUUCUCUUCCUUCGUCUCUGCCAUCAAACCCAAUUCAGGAGCUGGUCGUGGCCAGCCGGGUCAAGCGCAAUCCAUCCCUGAAUCACGUGAUCCGGUGGCCCCCGAUGCCGGACCCAGCAAACCCAUUAAACCCAUUUUCUUCGUAAGGGGAGAUGGGUCCGACCCGGCGUUGCCCGGUAGCGGGCGGGGAAAACCCAUGAAUUUUACCCGCCCGGAGGUUCAAGUUAAGGAGGAGAACCGGCAUAUUCAGGCCCGACCCGAACCGGAUCCGGACCAGCCUAGAACCAGGCCCAGAGGUCCGAAGUUGACCCGGGAAGAGGCGGUGAAGCAAGCGCUGGGGAUAUUGGCACAGGAUGGUGCUGAGGGAGAUGAUGUUGGUGGUGGUGGUGGUGGUGGUGGUGACAGAGGCAGAGGCAGAGGCAGAGGGAUGAGAGGCAGAGGAAGAGGAGAUUCUAGAAUGAGUGAGAGAGGGGAUAGGAGAAGGGGUAAGGAUUCGGAUGAUAGCUAUGCUUCAGGGCUCUAUCUUGGGGACAAUGCUGAUGGGGAGAAGCUGGCUAAGAAGCUUGGCCCUGAGAUUAUGAAUAAAUUGGUCGAAGGGUUUGAGGAGAUGAGUAGUGAAGUGCUACCUUCGCCUUUGGAUGACGCGUAUGUGGAUGCCAUGCACACCAAUUUUAUGAUAGAGUGUGAGCCAGAGUAUCUGAUGGGAGAGUUUAAUAAAAACCCGGAUAUUGAUGAAAAGCCACCUAUUUCUCUCAGGGAUGCUCUUGAGAAGAUGAAGCCUUUCUUGAUGGCAUAUGAGAAUAUUCAAAGUCAAGAGGAGUGGGAGGAAGUUGUGAACGAGACUAUGGAAAGAGUUCCAUUGUUGAAGGAAAUUGUUGAUCAUUACAGUGGGCCAGAUAGGGUAACUGCAAGGAAACAACAAGAAGAGUUAGAAAGAGUUGCAAAAACUCUUCCUGCAAAGGUACCUGAUUCUGUAAAGCGGUUCACUGAUCGUGCAGUGCUUUCUCUCCAGAGCAACCCUGGCUGGGGAUUUGACAGGAAAUGCCAGUUCAUGGAUAAGCUAGUGGCGAAGGUUUCCCAACACUACAACUAAAGUCAGGAAGCUUAGUUUUUAAUGGUUAAUGCUGAAAAUGGUCAUUGCCUAAGCUCCAAUGCUGAAAAGAAGUUAAUUAUGCUUUGAUUUCUUCAGUUCAAUUUUUUUAUUCCUCAGAAUUUUGUGCUUGUAGUUCUUGUUCUAAGCUUUUUUAGUUGUCAUUAGCAAAAGAAAAUGUUAAGCUGUCUAAAAUUUCUAUCUGCAAAGGUGACAGAAGAGUUGCAUAAUUUGUCUGUAAUAAUUUGCUCUCUAUGCAGCAUAGCACUUUUUGUGAAGCGCUUGUCUGUGCAUUCGAUUGAAUGCCAAUAGUAUAUGCUCAAUGAGCUGAUUACGUGAUUUGUUGCUUGC